AUCGAGGGAGGAGAAAGCAAGAGCUAGUGUGUGAGCUAUGGCAGUUCAUUCAACCUUCUUAUUCAAUUCUUCUUCAUUGACAUUCUCUUUUCACUCUCAUUUCAAUUUUCACAAUCUCAAACUCAAAAACAAAACUUUUAACCUAAAUUCAAAUUCAAUGUCUUCUUCACUUCCUAUAAAAUCACCAUUCCAUUUACCUUCUUCCAAUCUCAAACAUCGAACCGUUUUCAAAUUCCAAUCUUCAUCUUCUUCCUCUUCUUCCGAUUGGUCCACUGCAACUAAAAAAACUGUUUUAUUAACCUCCGCUACUACAGUUUCUUUAGCUGUUGCUAAUCGCGUUCUUUAUAAAUUAGCUCUUGUUCCUAUGAGUAAUUACCCUUUUUUUCUCGCUCAAUUAAAUACUUUUGGGUAUGUUGUUAUAUACUUUAGCAUUUUGUACAUACGAUACCGGUUAGGAAUUGUUACAAAUGAGAUGCUUGCGAUUCCAAAAUGGCGGUUUUUUGUUAUUGGGUUUUUGGAAGCUUUGGGAUUGGUUUCUGGAAUGUCUGCUGGAGCAAUACUUCCUGGACCAGUCAUACCCAUACUGAAUCAGACUUUUUUAGUUUGGCAGUUGAUGUUUUCCGCUCUUAUCCUGAGGAGAAGGUACUCAAUUAACCAAAUUGUUGGGUGUUUACUAGUAGCUGCUGGUGUGGUGAUUGCUAUCUCAAGUGGCUCUAAUGCAGGUCAAAUGCUCUCUAAAGUUGAUUUCGUGUGGCCAGCAUUGAUGAUAGUUUCUUGUGCCUUUCAAGCCGGUGCUUCAAUAAUCAAGGAAUUUGUUUUUCUUGAUUCUUCCACUCGAUUAAAGCAAAAGUCGUUGGAUAUAUUUGUGGUCAAUUCUUUUGGAUCUGGAUUUCAGGCUCUUUUCGUGCUUCUCUUUCUACCUUUAAUCUCUAACUUGAAAGGAAUACCGUUUGUUCAACUACCUUCAUAUCUUAAAAGUGGUGCUGGUUGCUUUCUAAACAUUGGAGCUGGUAAAACAGGUUGUGAAGGUGCUCCCUUGCUUCCGCUGCUCUACGUAGUUACCAAUUUGGCAUUCAACAUCUCCCUGCUUAAUGUACUAAAAAGUUCUUCUGCAGUUGUUGCUUCUCUCAUGUUAAUGUUGUCAGUGCCAAUUUCUGUUUAUGUUCUUUCCCUUCCAUUACCGUAUCUUCCCGAGGGAGGAACAACAUUGAGCCCAUUCUUUCUACUUGGUUGUGCAAUUCUGGUAUGUGGGCUUUAUACAUACAACACUACCCGACCUGCAAGGAAUAGUUCAGAAGUUGACUGAACAGAUCUAUCUGUGUAACCAAUGAUGAGGAGCUUGGCAGUUGGUGCUCUAACCACGGCGAAAUGUAUUUUCCUGCUUCCAAAUUAUACAUAUUUUGUAUUAUGAUUAUUAUUUAGGGGGCGAAAUCAAUUUUGUUUCCACGGUGAAAUGAAUUUUCUCCUCAUUUUGCCAUUAGAUCUUUGAAAAUAUUAUACUUCAGAUUGUACAUGUAUUUUUGCUUGUUGUAGAAGCAUAUUUCCCCAUACAAAUAAUGACGAAUGUUAUUGGCUGAAACGCAGCAGCUAUUUUUUUCUUUA